GGCGCAGCGGGGAUUGGGAUGCGCCCCGGAGCCCCGCGGCUCGUUCACUCGGAGCCCGAGACGCCGCCACUGCCUGGGCUGCAGCCGCCGCUGCCUCCUACGUGGUUUCAGCGGAGCGCACAGGCCGGUCCCGCAGGGGGCAGGGAAGGGGCCGGACGGGCGGAGCGAGAGAAGCGUCGUGCUCCCUGAAACAAGUCAUCAGGGCAGUCCGUUCAAGCUACAGAUCUGUCUGCCAUCCUUGUCCAAGAGUCUCUUCAUCCUCUUGCAUCACCUCCUUCUGCAGGGAAUGCAUCCCGUGCCAGCAUACUGGAGGAGCAUGAAAGAAUCUGUGUAGAAGCUUCAGAAGUAGGGUUCCUAUAGACCCUGAGCAAACCAGAGUGGACUCCAGCCUGCGCAAAUGAGCUUGAAACAGGAAUGGUUUGGGGUCCGGGCCUCUUACACUGAAUUUCUCUGCUGCCACUCUUUCUACUCAAGCAAACUCUUCAAGGACAGAUCUGCUGGGAAGGGAGCGGCCGCCUGUGGCUUUGCACUGUAAUGAAAGCAAAUGGUACAGUUUUCCAAAGAAAUUAGACCAAAACUUUCUUCUUGAGAAGAAACCAACCUGCUGUUGGCAGAGGGUAUUUCUCAUCUUCUCUGUGAAAGGAAGAAAGACAACACCAGAACCCGUGGCCCAGCAGCUGAGGGACGUUUCCAUGGUGAAGUCUCAGGGAGGCUUCCUGGGAGCAGAGCACAGUGGAUGCUAAUCCGGAGCUGCUACUGCCAGCCGAGCAACCCCACGGGGAGAUGAUUCCUCAUGAAGGGCCUGGAUCCCCUACAGAAAUCCCAUGCUACUCUCUGUUUAUCAGACUGAAAUCCGAGCCAGCCAGCCAGUGAAACAGCCACCGUGGAGGGGGGACGGCGAAAAAUGAAAUCCAACCAAGAGCGGAGCAAUGAAUGCCUGCCUCCCAAGAAACGUGAGAUCCCCGCCACCAGCCGGCCCUCUGAGGAGAAGGCCACCGCUCUGCCCAGCGACAACCACUGCGUGGAGGGUGUGGCAUGGCUCCCCAGCACCCCUGGCAGCCGCGGCCACGGGGGUGGGCGGCAUGGGCCAGCAGGGACUUCCGGGGAGCUUGGUUUACAAGGAAUGGGUUUACAUAAAGCACUGUCCGCAGGGUUGGACUACUCCCCACCCAGUGCCCCCAGGUCAGUCCCCACAGCCACCACGCUGCCCACGGUGUACCCGCCUCCUCAAUCGGGGACCCCGGUGUCUCCCGUGCAGUACGCCCACCUGUCACAUACCUUCCAGUUCAUUGGCUCCUCUCAAUACAGUGGGCCCUAUGCUGGCUUUAUCCCUUCCCAGCUAAUCUCCCCAUCGGGCAACCCGGUCACCAGUGCAGUGGCCUCAGCUGCAGGGGCCACCACUCCAUCACAGCGCUCCCAGCUGGAGGCCUAUUCCACCCUGCUGGCCAACAUGGGCAGUCUGAGCCAGGCACCAGGACAUAAGGUUGAGCCCCCACCGCAGCAGCACCUCAGCAGGGCUGCUGCGGGGCUGGUCACCCCGGGGUCCCCUCCACCCACCCAGCAGAACCAGUACAUUCACAUUUCCAGCUCUCCGCAGAGCUCUGGGCGGGUAGCAUCUCCUCCCCCGAUCCCGGUCCACCUCCAUCCCCAUCAGACGAUGAUCCCGCACACGCUCACCCUGGGGCCCUCGUCCCAGGUGGUCGUGCAGUACAGCGACGCUGGAGGCCACUUUGUUCCUAGAGAGUCCACCAAAAAAGCAGAAAGCAGCAGGUUGCAGCAGGCUAUGCAGGCCAAGGAGGUCCUGAAUGGGGAGAUGGAGAAGAGUCGGAGGUAUGGGGCACCAUCCUCUGUGGAGCUGAGCCUAGGCAAGGCAAGCAGCAAGUCAGUGCCUCAUCCCUAUGAGUCCCGGCACGUGGUGGUCCACCCGAGCCCAUCAGACUACAGCAGUCGUGAUACCUCUGGGGUCCGUGGAUCUGUGAUGGUCCUGCCCAACAGCAACACCCCCUCAGCCGACCUGGAGACGCAGCAGGCCACACAUCGAGAGGCCUCGCCAUCCACCCUCAACGACAAGAGCGGCCUGCAUUUAGGGAAGGCCAGCCACAGGUCCUAUGCACUGUCUCCCCACACGGUCAUUCAGACCACACACAGUGCGUCAGAGCCUCUCCCGGUGGGCCUACCAGCUACAGCCUUCUAUGCUGGGACUCAACCUCCUGUCAUUGGCUACCUGAGUGGCCAGCAGCAAGCAAUUACCUAUGCCGGCAGCCUGCCUCAGCACCUGGUGAUCCCAGGCACCCAGCCUCUGCUCAUCCCAGUGGGCAGCCCUGACAUGGACACACCUGGGGCAGCCUCGGCCAUAGUCACAUCAUCGCCCCAGUUUGCUGCAGUGCCUCACACGUUCGUCACCACCGCCCUGCCCAAGAGUGAGAACUUCAACCCCGAGGCUCUGGUCACCCAGGCCGCCUACCCAGCCAUGGUGCAGGCCCAGAUCCACCUGCCGGUGGUGCAGUCAGUGGCGUCCCCUGCCACGGCGCCACCCACGCUGCCGCCAUAUUUCAUGAAAGGCUCGAUCAUCCAACUGGCCAAUGGGGAGCUGAAAAAGGUGGAGGACCUGAAGACAGAGGACUUCAUCCAGAGUGCAGAGAUUAGCAAUGACCUCAAGAUCGACUCCAGCACGGUGGAGAGGAUUGAGGAUAGUCACAGUCCCGGUGUGGCCGUGAUACAAUUUGCUGUUGGUGAACAUCGAGCCCAGGUCAGUGUUGAAGUUUUGGUAGAGUAUCCUUUUUUUGUGUUUGGACAGGGCUGGUCUUCCUGCUGUCCUGAGCGAACCAGCCAGCUCUUCGAUCUGCCGUGCUCCAAACUCUCAGUUGGGGAUGUCUGCAUCUCGCUCACCCUCAAGAACCUGAAGAAUGGCUCUGUUAAAAGGGGCCAGCCUGUGGACCCUGCCAGCGUCCUGCUGAAGCACGCAAAGACGGACAGUCUGGUUGGCAGCAGACACAGAUAUGCUGAGCAAGAAAACGGAAUCAAUCAGGGAGGCACCCAGGUGCUCUCUGAGAAUGGUGAACUGAAGUUUCCAGAAAAGAUUGGAUUGCCUGCAGCACCCUUCCUCACCAAAAUAGAACCGAGCAAGCCCACAGCCACAAGGAAGAGGAGGUGGUCAGCCCCGGAGACCCGCAAACUGGAGAAGUCGGAGGACGAGCCACCUUUGACUCUUCCCAAGCCUUCGCUCAUUCCUCAGGAGGUUAAAAUCUGCAUCGAAGGCCGAUCUAAUGUGGGCAAGUAGAGACCGUGCCGGCAGCGGAGGCCUGGGCCUCCCUUGCUGUCUGUAUCCCAAUUACUGUACUGUAGGCUAAAUAACACAGUAUUUACAUGUUACCCUAUUACUUUAGGUUUGUGUUCUAACCUUGUCAUUAGAGUCACACAGGUGUGUCGCAGGAGACUGGUGCGUUUGCAUUGUCUGUGAGUGUCUGUUGAGGAGCUGGCAGGGUAAAGGGUGGUUAGAACCGUGGCCAUGGAGCUUCCGGGCAUCCUAGGUGGCCCUGAAUGUGGCUUGAUUGGCACCUGCCUUCUCCAGCAGCACAGAGCCAAGGGGCAUCAGUUCUCACUGGUUUCAAGAGUGGGAAGUGACCUGCAAGGGUGUCUGGGUGUGUCCCUGUGAAAGGGGUGCAUGGGUGCCAUGGUGGCAAGUGACGGUCUCUUUUUCUAUGCCUCCCUUUCUCAUGCUUGCUCACUCUCGGCAUGGGUUUGGGGGACCUGGGUUUCCUACAUGCAAAGUCAUCCUCGGGAACCCAGCUUCAGGGCAUCAUGGGGAGGCGUCAGAUGACAGAUAGGAAACUAGUUUCAAAGAACGUGGUUCUCUCCAACAUAUUUUACAAUAAAAAGCAACUUUUAAUCCUAUAUAUAUAUAUAUAUAAAUAUUUCCCCCCAUGGGGCCUGACUGCACUGAGUUUUUUUGUUUUUUUUUUUUUUUUAAAGCAGCUGCCACAUGUGGGAUUUCAUUUCUGCUUUACCAGUCCAGUGACUCAGUGACGUCACCAGGUGUCAUGGUGGGCAGGGAAGUCCUUGCUCAGGUCACCCCUGGUCAGGGGGUGGCAGUGGGGCUGGGGGACAGAAGGAGUACCCCACACUGGUUUCUGUGCAGUGUUAGGAAAACCAAUCAGGUUAUUUGCAUUGACUUUUGCUCCCAGGAAGAAAAUGCGAGCUCCUCUCCGAAGAGAGCCAGGCAGCUCUCGGAGCUGAGCCGGGCAGCUUCUUCUCCGUCUUUUAGGUCUAGUACUGUUUCUAGUUCAUGACUAUGGACAACUCCGGUGCCACUUUCUUUUUUUUUCAAUCCCAGUGUGACGUGGAGAAUUAGAUCUGGAAGACGCACACCUGUUACUAUUCAGCUGUCAAAAGUGCUGUGUGCAGACUUUUCUUAACCAAACACCUUGGUCUGUCAGUCAGCGAGAGUACUGUAUCUAACUUGAAACUCUUUGGCAAGAAAAGACAAACCUAAGUUGCUUUUGAUUUUUUUUUUUUUCGACACUGUAACUACUUUUCAGCUCUGCAGGACUGCCCACGAGCCAGAAAAGCUCCCGUCUGGUGUAAAGGGAAGAAUGUGAAUUAUGAACUAGUACGUGACAGGAGAUGACCACCAAGUACUACGGCAGGCACUUGUCACUUUGGUGUUGGAGAAAGAGCUAAAAGCACAUGCAGAGUUGGCAGAGAAACUGGGAAAACACAGGGAGGAAAAGACACUCGUUUUUGUCCAGUGUUUUUAGGGUGAGCUCCUAAAGAACUUUGCGAUUUGCACAUCUUGAGAUUUUAGUUUGUGUGAUAUUCCUGCAGUUUUUAUCCAAUAACGUUGUGGGAAAGGUUGGGGGGUGUCGAAUGAGCAUAAAUAAAUGUAGCAAAAUUACUUUCUAACCUGCCUAGACCCUAGGCCAUUCUUAGAAGGUUCUGUUCCUUUCAGGGUCAUUUUGUCACCUGCCACAUCUGUCAUGAGAAGCCAGGUCUGAGAGUUUUUUUCAGAAUCACUGAGAGUUUCCCAUAUAGACAUUUUAUAUAUGUGAGCAAGUGGGGUUUUUGUUUAUUUCUGGGGGAAAAGUGUUAAUAUUAUUUUUCAGAAUGAUUUUUUUUUUCUAUUUGAAAUCAAACCAAGAUUUAAUGUUUGGUACAAAAACCCAGAAAGGAUGUUUCAUGAAGUCACAGUUUUUGUUCCCAGAGAUCAAAAUAUCAUUUGCAGGUUCUGAGUGUGUCUUAAAGUGCUUUAAACCAUGUUUUAUAAAUAGAAGUUUUUAAAUAUUCUUACUUGGUUGCAACUAACCCAAGUAAGUACUUAUUUGGCUUUUCUUUUAAUGAUUAAAAAACAAAAAGGACUUCUUCUAGUUCUCAAAUUAGAAAGAAAAGAGACCUCUUUUCCCUUAUACAACCCAAAUGUUGGCUAUCCAGUCUGCACUCACACAGAGGCUCUCAUUGCGACUGAUGGUUUUUUUUUUGUUUGUUUGUUUGUUUUUUUUCUGGGAUGUACCAAAAACCUUUGAGUAAGUUCAGAAUAGCUGGCCUCUCCCUAAACUUCAUUACCCUCCCAGCACCUAGCAGAGCUGGGCAGGCCAUUCUUGCAGUCACAUUGCUUAGUUAGUGCUGCUGUGAUUUUUUUUUUUUUUUUAAUGUUUCUUUUCAGAGACCUUGCUUAAUCUUCCAUAUAUUCUGCUCAGGGCACUUGCACUUAUUAGGGUUUUUUUUCCUUUUCUUUUUUAUUGUUUGUCUUGUUUUAAUCUUUGAUGGUAAGAAGGACAGGAGGCCGCCACAGGGGUGCUGUGUGGCACUAAUUACAACAGCUCAGAAAACACAUCACUUUCUGGCUUACUUCGGGGAUUGAACUGACUGUAUUCACUAAACCGACACUAAAAUAGGUAAACACACAGUUCAGAGCAAUAGGAAUAUCAUAACUUUUGUGGUUCUAUUUCAGGUAUAGGAACUUUAAAAAUCAUUGGUCCUUCUAAAGCAUUUGUCCUGCUUCACUCUCUCAUUCUCUUAGCAUGUGCAAUACUUUGUGUGCCAAUAGUGAGCUAUCUAGUUAAAGUUCAUUCCCUUUGGGCUUUUUCCUUGUUCUGUGGGUCGACCUUCCUUCCCCCUUGCUGACCAGAGAAACGCUGGGGGAAGGAGCCAGGAGAGGCGAGCCUGCUUGCUUUCCCUUAAUGUGGAUACAGAGUACUAGGGUAGGGGAGCUGUAUCUGUUACCAGGACAUAGCGCCAUCCAUCCCAGGAGACCGGAGGGAAGCGCUCGCUGAGAAGGCCCAUCGCUCUGCACUCUGCGAAGGCCCUUCACUCUGUAGUGAACCUGGAAUGCGCCAAGGAGGCAGAUGGUUCCUAGAACACGCUCUGGAGCAGUGUGGGCUGCAAUCAGCCCGCUUUUCAGUCUCUUCCGGGUCCUUGAGACUUUGCUCUCUGCCUUUGAGCGCCAACAACUUACUGCCUAUGUGCAAAUGUGCGUGUGUUCUGAGCAUGCCCACCAGUGGCUUUGGAGGGGACCACCUGGCAACCACAGCCACCAUUUCCUUGUGACAGCUUUCUCCUCAAAUAGGAAGAGCACUCAGAGGCAGGAGCCACCUCUGGUUUGCAGACACGGGUGGGGCCCGCCAGACUCCUGAAGCAGCUGCGGUCACCCUUCCGUGUAGGAAGCACAGUCACGGCUGUGCCAUCGGCGUACAAGGAUCAGCUACGCGCCUCUGUACCUGUCCUCUUUGCAAUAUUUUACCAACAGUUGUCUUUCAUUCUCUCUUCCUGCUUUCCAUUUUUUUAAACAAAUAACAGCAGGCCUUUUGCGUUUACAGUGGAACACACAAUCACCAAGAAAUUAGUCAGGGCGACAAGAAAACAUAGUAAUAUUGCUAAUAAGAAACCAACAAACAAAAACCUCUCUUUAUAGGGAUUUCUAAAUAUAUAAAAUGACUGUUCCUUAGGAUGUUUAACUUUAGAAUUAUUUCAGUUUGUCUGGGCCACCUUGGGGUCAGCAGGGGUGGGGUAGGGGUUGGAAAGAGAAGGCCAUGGAUGCCACUUACCUCAAAUCUUUUUAGAAGUGGAAAUCCAAAUUGCAUUUUUUUGGGGGGUCGGGGCUUGCAGGAUAGUUGUCUAUGUUGGUCACAUUUUGCUUUUCUCAAUUCUUCCAGCUCAGUUUGCGAUGACCUGAUUUUUUAUGGUGGUGGCGGCAGCAGAACGUCCUUAACUCUGAAUUCUGACCUUGUAUGUUUUCUGUUAGGUGAGCUUGUUGGGUUCCUCCCCUCCUCCCCUUACCCCCAUCAGGAAGUGGCAGCGUCCUUCCUGCUCCCCUGCAAGGAACUCUGCGGAACCUUUCACACCUCUUACUCAGGGAUGGGGCUGGUGUGUGUGUGGAACACGGACGUGUUCAGCAACAGCACUUUGGACUGCUCUGGAGUAGGGUUGUACAAUUUCAAGGAAUGUUUGGAUUUCCCCGCAUCGUGUGGAUUGCUCCUUGGCUACUGCACAGAUUGCAAUAUAAUGCUGCGCGUUCAAGAUGAACAGUAGCUACUAGUGAUCAGAAAAUCCACUCUUUGCACAUAGUUUGAUCUUUACUGAAAUACGUUGCCAAAAUCUGUUUUUGUUGUAGCUUUGGGGUUUUUUUUCUUUUUUUUUUUUUAAGGAAACAAUUGACAAUACCCUUUAACAUCUGUGACUACUAAGGAAACCUGUUUUGUAGAUGCUUUUGAAGACACUAACACCUAUUUCAGGCAUGGGUGAGGAGGCAGAGCUCUUUGGAUAGAAAGCCAGACUUUUUGAGCUGUGUUGGUUGGCAUGGCAACUGUUUCCUGAGCCACAAGCCGCUCAACAAACUGGUCUGUUCUCUCCUGGAAACCCUCUGCCCUUCCAAAAUUUCCUAGUCGGUCCCCUUGGACAUCAGGGGAAUGCAGGGCCUUGGUCUCCAAGGCCCAAUCCAGUUUCUUUGGUGGUUGAGAUGAAAGGCAAGAGAAUUAUACUUUAUUUUCUAAAAGUGGAGCAAAGGCCUUUGCUUCCAUGGUUGUGUUUUGAACCCAGAAUUUCUGAAAUAGAGAAUUUAAAGACAAAUGGAAUAAUAACUAUAGAGAAUCUACUUUUUUAUAAAGCACAUGCAUAUGACCUGUUGUGUUGGGUUCCUCCCUUUUCCAUGGACAGUGCUGUGUUUCUGUUCCUAUGGCAACUCCAAACAGUUUGCACAUCUUCUACUCUGGAGCUGAGAUUCCUCUCACAUAGAUGACCUCGCUUCAAACGUUACCUUACUUACUGAUAGGCUUUUUUUCUUGUAGCACUAUACCUUGUGAGAAGUUUUUUCUUUUUUCUUUCUUUGAAGUACACCUAAUUUGAGCAGCCAAAGGGGGUGGGGGAUGGUAGUUUUUUUUUUUUUUUUGAGGCACUCACUUUGGGGAGUACAGAUAAUUUUUUUUAAUUGCACAAAAGAAAAAUGAAUGUUGAGAUGAUUCAUUCAGUGUUUGAAAGAGACAGAUCUGUUGAAACCGUGAGUUUCAUAUUUUGUGUGUAAAAAAAAAAAAAGACAAAACAGAGGAGGGAUGAAAGUUACAUGUUUUGGGGUUUUAUUUUUCUUGUAUAUAGGAAUUUGUCGUCUUGAUGAUCCAAUUUGUAUGGUUAUGGCCUGGAAGAAUUACGACGUCAGAGGCUCUUCAACUAUACUAUACCUAUGCUUACUGUUCUGUUUUUGUUACAUGCGGUUCUUGUGUGAAGAAUGGGCAAUUGUAUUCCACUAUUUGAGGAUACUGUCCAUUCCUAGGCCGGAAGUACUUCUCUAAGUUCCCUUCUUAAGCCAUUGCAACUUCUUUUCUUUGGAUGAUGUCUGACAUUUUCAGCACUUCCUGUUCCUAUAAACCCAAAGAAUAUAAUCCUGAACAUGAAGUGUUUCUAUAAGCGAUCCUCCUUCCCAGUAAGACAGGACUCACAUAGGGACAAAAAGAAAAGGAGCUUUCCUUCUGCCUCCCACCCCAUGCCUCAUUUACAUGGGGGUAAAAACAUCAAUUCCAAUUUGAAUGCCUGGCUUUCAUUUGGAUGUUUCUCAAGCAGAGGCCAGAGGAAAGGCAGAGAGGUUUGUCAGAGUUAGAUUCCUGUUCAACAGUUGAGCUGGGUGCUUCAAAUCGGACAGUUUAGGGGCAGUAAACAGACCCUAGCUUUGGUUCUUAAGUUUGGGGUUGGGUCCCCUCCUGUACUGUGUAAGUUCUUGUAGCUGACAUUCUCCUUGACAGAGGCAGAAGAGGGGACAGUAGCUUCAGCUCUUUGCAUCCCGACUCUUGCAUAAAGGAGCUUCGCCUGUAUUCCCAUGCCAUGAGUUUGGACAUUAGGUAGCAUCUACACAAAUCAGUCUAUAAGAGCUUCCCUAACACUGUUGAGCUGCAGAACACUUGGAGAUGCCAUCCACUCAAUGUUUUCUUGUUCCUUUGCUGUCUGGAUGGGCGUUCUGAAGGCCUGUGUGGGAAGAAGCACUGUUUACAGUAACCCUUACCAAGAUAACGCACUGUCCCCUAGACUACCCAGCUAAGGUGACACUGGCUUAGAACUGUUGUCUUGAAAGAUCCGUUACCAAGACGGAUGGUGCCUAGGUUUCUCUUGGUUCUUACCCAUGUCACCUACUCUGAAGUUAUUCUCUAGACCAAGAAUGGGAUGAAAUGUUGAGUCAGUGAGGCAUAUCCCUGACAACCCACCAGGGUCCUGGUCCUACUGUGACUACUGCCCCUCCCCCACCUGCACGCUCAAGUGUAAUCCUGGGCGGUGCUGACUGAAAGGGGUCGCAGCGGAGUCCUGUCAGUAUUUGUGGUGGCCUUUCAAUAAGACAGUCUUCAUCUCUAACCAGUAGAGUCCUGGCCCUAAAGAACCUGAGAUCUGAACCAGCGAAGGUUUUCACAUCAGGUUCCCAAACCCUCCAAUUUCCAUUCAUCUGCCUCCCACAGGCCAAGGGGAAACAGACACCAAAACUUGGGCUGAGGGUACUACCAUGUGGAGAACUAGGGAAAAAGUUUUUUGCACCUUAUUGAAAAGAAACUUUUAAGUGCAUACAUAGUUAAGAGCUUUUAUUGUGACAGGAGAACUUUUCCAUAUGCGUGCAUUCUCUGUAAUUCCAGUGUAAAAUGUUGUACUUGCACUAGCUUUUUUAAAACAAAUAUUAAAAAAAUGGAAGAAUUCAUAUUCUAUUUUCUAAUCGUGGUGUGUCUAUUUGUAGGAUACACUCGAGUCUGUUUAUUGAAUUUUAUGGUCCCUUUCUUUGAUGGUGCUUGCAGGUUUUCUAGGUAGAAAUUAUUUCAUUAUUAUAAUAAAACAAUGUUUGAUUCAAAAUUUGAACAAAAUUGUUUUAAAUAAAUCGUCUGUAUACCAGUACAAGUUUAUUGUAUAAUACUCGUACUAAUAAUAAAAUAACAGUGCCAAUUGCAAA